AACUGCAGAGUGCAUUUAGAUUUUUAUUUAAUUUUACUUAUCAAGUGUAAUAAAAUGCAUUUUUAUCUCGUACUUUCAGUUAGUUCCUUAGUUUUUGAUUACAUUUUCGCAGAGACGACGAAGGAACCCGGGAAUGAAGAGAAGCCAAGUGUACAUAACCUUCCAAUUCCAAUGUCUGCGCCAGUCCCAUGGGGUGACAGCUAUCAUAUAAACUCUUUAUGGGCGUUCCGUCCUGCCUCCCGAUUUGUGGGCACGGAUGAUGAUUCAGCGCCGCGGCGGGUCGUCGUGCGUCAGCCACACUCCUUGACAAGAAUUGCCAAAACACUCACCGAUGGUUUCAAUCCAUAUUUUCAAAAGGGAUAUUUCGAACCGUUUGAACGACGACCGAAACCAGUAACCCUUGUUGGAUUACGGAAAAAUGGACUUUUUUCAAGGCAAAAUAUUCCACAGAUGAGCAGCACGUCAUCCGAAGUCGCCGAGCUUCAGUCUCCAUUCAAUGAUGUCAGUAAUUUUUGGAUAGAAUCUGAAAACCCUUAAGAAUAAAAUAUUGACUUUACUUACAAGAAUCAUUGAAAAUGACUGAUAGUGUUAUGGUAGUAGGUAGUAGAUAGUACAGUAAGUCACAAACGCAAGUAAUUCAAUCACUUGAAAUAGGAAAAUCUAUCCUUAAUUAAAUUCAAAGGUUUUUAGAUUUAACUGUGUAUGUAAUGUUUCUUCCUUUAAAGCUCCUAUUUUUCUAUUUUACAAAGGAUUUUACAGAUAUCUUGGAUACUUUAAUAUCAUUUUUAUUUUUUAUUUUAAAUAUACCUACCUACCUAUCUGAACCAAAACGGAAUCAGAAUCAUAUUAAUAGAUUUUUACUAAAUAAAAUAUUGCAUUUUUAUUUAUUCAAACUUUCAGAGGAAGCGUACGAGUCCACCUAUGUACGUUAUUCUUACUUAUCGUGCUCGCAGAUUUAUUGCCCCUAAACCGAAAUGGGAGAAUGUUGAAAUAACGACAAAAUUGUAAUGGUGUAAUCAAAUACCAAGUGCGAGUGACUAUCAAAGCUUAUUUUGAUAUUAUGAUUUUUUAUCUGAAGUCAUGUUUGUUGUUAUUUUCAUUUUUCGUAUCAAUUUAUUGUUACUCUGAUGUUACCAAUGAGGGAUCAGACGAGAACGAUGCGUUGAAGCAAGCUUUAUAUUUAGUGGACCUACUUAAAACAGGUGAGGGACAUGGCAACUGAAAAUUGAUUUCCUGAAAUUUAAUUAGAUCUUUGAAUUUUAACGAGAAUUAUGUGUAUUAAGAAUAUGUGAAGGUUUUGCGGGAAAACAUGCAGUACCGACUGGCUGACAAGAAAUAUCACAAGCUGGAGUCGAAUGCGCACGCACCGGACGUAUUGGAAACCCCAAAUAAAGAUGCAGAUGACGAAAUGGAUAAUUUCCCAAGGAAUUACAGAAGAAGUUACGUCCAUUCACGACGCGAAGAUGAUAACAGCACAUCAACAAAUCAGACCGACUCCACAGCCUCGAACCAGACAGAUAAUAACAGCGCAUCAACAAAUCAGACCGACUCCACAGCCUCGAACCAGACAGCAAAUAACAAUGCAACGACACCGGCGCCGGCGGCUAGGAAUGACACUACGCCUGCGGGAGGUACUAACAGCACGUCAACAAAACAGACCGUCUCCCCAGCCUCGAACCAGACAGACCCGGAUAAAGGAACAACGAAACACAAAGGAACAACGGAAAAAGAUCCUCCAAACAAAAGAAACACAACCGUGGAACGUAAAAAAAAUACAUCUACUUUAAAAAUACACUUGGCUCGAAGUUCAAGAUUGCCCUUUCCUUUGCCUGAAAAUAAUGCGUUUUGCUUUUAUUCUCCUAAUAGUCCUCUAUGCGGAAGUGUUAUGCGUUAAUAAAUGUUUCUAACUUA